AAAACACGAGCCGUGGCACUUUUUGACGUUCGCUCUGCUUGACGACAAAUCGACAAAAAUCUGACACACGAAUUGCCACGCCCACAUCUUCCCAGCUGAUCGUGACAACACGAAUAAACCUUUCCUGUAGCAUUAUUUCGUUUUUCCUGAUAAGCUAAACGUGCACGCAGCUAGCCCCAGACCUGAAGUACAUAAUGGGCUUCCUUUUCAGUAAGCCCGAACCAGUUGACAUGAGCGGCCCAAUUGCCACCCUGGUCAAGGAACUGAUCGCCAGUGAUGUGGUCGUCAUAUUUUCCAAGACCUACUGUCCCUACUGCGUCAUGGCCAAAGAGGUCUUUGACAAGAUAAAUUUCAAGUACACCCCCAUCGAACUGGACAAAAGAGACGAUGGAGACAAAAUCCAGGACGUCCUCAACGAAAUGACCGGAGCUCGAUCAGUGCCUAGAGUUUUUGUGAAAGGCAAGUGCAUUGGUGGAGGCACCGACACCAAGGCCCUUUUCCAGAGUGGCGAACUUCAGACCAUGUUGAAGUGAAAAUUGGUCCAUUCUUGAACGCAUCUUAAGAUUUUCAAUUUUCUUUACUGUUCAUUUGUACCUUCUGUAUCUAUUAGCCAAGAUGUAGCUUUUUAAUAAUCAAGUUCUUUUCGAGCAAUAAAUUAAAUAUCAUUUUUUGCAACUGG